UCCAAAUACAAUCUCCUUGUACUACUUUGGAAUAUGCAAAAGCAGAAACUGGUAUUAGUUAAGGCUAGUGUUGAUGGGAUCAAGAAAGAAAUUCUUAUGUCAGUUUAGUUUAUAAUUGGAACCAUUCUUAUAAAAAUAUUGUGUUGAAAUGCCUUCCAUUGACUUUAUAAAAAGUGAAUAUCCUUUACAUUGGCUUGUGUGGAACAAUGAAUAUAAAGAAUUGGAUAAGGAGUUGUCAAAGAAAGUGUAUGACAAGGAGAAACAUGAUGCCCGGGGCCGUACACCUCUCAUGCUGGCAGUCACUCUGGGCCAUUUAGAAUCAGCUCGAACUCUUCUGCAACAUGCAACCAAUGUUAAUACAGAAAACAGAGAGGGGUGGACAGUGGUCCAGGAAGCUGUUGCCACAGGUGACCCAGAAUUGCUGCAGCUAGUUCUUGAGAGAAGGGACUUCCAAAGAUAUUCAAGCAGAGUUGGUGGUAUUCCAGAGUUGUUGCAGAAACUUAAAGAGGCUCCUGAUUUUUAUGUGGAGAUGAAGUGGGAAUUCACAAGUUGGGUUCCCUUGGUGUCCCGAAUGUGCCCAAGUGACACAUACAAAGUAUACAAGCAGGGAUCUAAUGUUCGAAUUGACACUACUCUACUGGGUUUUGAUCAAACAAACUGGCAACGUGGAAACAGGAGUUAUGUAUUUAAAGGACAGUCAGGUGAUUCGGCUGUGAUGAUGGAAGUUGAUCAUGAAACACAACAGGUAUAUGUUGAGCAGAUGCGCAUGAUCUCGGCAGAAGACCUCCAGUUUCUACAACCUAGUGAAGAAGCUAUAUCAUCCCGCCUCACGACGCCAAUUGUUACAACAUAUAUUGACACUGACAAGAUCAGCUUUGAAAGGAAUAAAUCUGGUAUAUGGGGCUGGCGGUCAGAUAAAUGUGAACCAGUGAAUGGGCAUGACUGUAAAGUAUUUGGAGCAAGCAAUGUUGAACUAGUAACAAAAACUCGGACUGAACACCUCACAGAGACAGACAAAGUGAAGGCGAGAGCACCAAAGACACCACUGCAGUCAUUCCUUGGUAUUGCAGAGGUAGAGGAGAAGCAGACCGCUCUUCCAGAAACAAACAAUGAGGAAUACAGUCAUAUAGGCAACCCUUGCAAUAUUACACCUGAGGAGUAUUUCGAUCAUACAGUGGACCUGAAAGGAAGAGAUAUUGGCCGUCCAAAAGAAGUUAAUACAAAAAUACAGAAAUUCAAGGCCACGCUUUGGCUGUGUGAAAACUACCCUUUGAGUCUACAAGAGCAAAUAAUGCCGAUUGUAGACUUAAUGGCAAUUUCCAGUUCACACUUUGCAAAACUCAAAGAUUUCAUUCAAAUGCAGCUACCGGCAGGUUUUCCAGUUAAAAUAGAAAUCCCACUGUUUCAUGUACUCAAUGCGAGGAUAACAUUUGGCAACAUAUUUGGUUUGGAUGAAGAAAUUCCUGGAAUAACAAGAAUUAUGGAAGAAGACAGAAUUACGUGUGUUGUGGAUGACAGCUGUUUCAUUCCUCCAGCAUCAUACUCAAAAUUAGGUGCAGAAGUUCGAAGACAAUUCAGCAUAGAAGAAGAGGAUGAACUCCUUCAGUUUGCAAUUCAACAAAGUCUUAUUGAAGCUGGUAGUGAAAAAGAUGAGGUGGAUAUCUGGGAAGCAUUGCGAGCCCAGCGACCAUCUCGACCAAACACCCCAAACAUUCAUGCAGAAGAAGAACGGCAGCUACAACGGGCAAUCCAGGCCAGCUUAGCCCUGUACCAGCAGAACCUCACCACUUCCCCUGAUAGUGGCUCCUCUGCUCUUCGUGCUAGUCCUGAGGGUGGGGAAGCUGAUUCUCCUGAUAGCCUGAUAGUAUCUGAUCAUGAUCUGCAGAUGGCUUUAGUCCUUUCACAGCGUGAACGUGAGGAGGAAGAACAACAGAGGAGACAGGAAGAGGAAAUGCUGGAACAAGUGUUACAGCUCUCACUCACAGAGAAGUGACAUGAAGUAAAGGUGCUGUGUUGACAUUCUGUCACCCUGUGAUUAAUGUGAGGUGUCAUCUCACAUCUUUGCAUAUUUCUGAAGCUAGAAAUGGAAUUGUCAGUGGUGCAAUGUUAUGCAUAGCCAUGACAUGUGGCAUUGAAGGAGAGAAUAAAAGUACUGGUAAAUUGAAAUACUUCCUCACCAUGGGACCCACAGUCCUUUUUCAUGAAAUGAAAGGCCUGCAUUGCAUUUUGACACAUCAGUUGACAAGUUCUGAUCUAUUUAUACGAUAUUCACAGUAUACUGAAAUAACUCUUCUAUCUAUUUAUACUAUGUAAAAAUAAUGUACAGUGUAAGAUUGUUGCUUUUACUGCAUAGGGAUUUCUAUCUCAUAUGUGCUUGUCAAUGAAAUUGUGUUCAUUAUAUUAUAAAAUCAUAAUCUGAAACAUUUCCAUAUAACAAAGAUAAUUUAUAAAUCUAAUUUCACAUGUGCUUCCUUUCUUAAUACCUUUAUAAUAUGGGGAUUUGGUCCCAGUAUGUUUAAAUAACUUCUGAAAUUUCUGAUUUGUUUCAUUCUGGUCCAUCACACUAACAAUAUUAUAAAAGGUUAAUUAAUUCUGUCCAGUGUGACUGAUG